GCACAGCCCAGUGACAGGGGGCGCUGUAGCACAGUCACAGCACGUUGUAUUCCGAGGUGUCAAAGCAUAGAAGAAGAAGAGCCGGAAGCGCAGGACACCGCUCAUGCUUGUGUUUACAUCUACGUUUUCACGUGAAAUGGCGGCAUGACACGUGCCGAUUGACCGUUGCAAUGAUGACCACAGAACCUGCCAACCUUGAUAGCCUGCAGGUGUUGUACCAGAGUGAUGACUACAUUGUGGUAGACAAGCACUGGGACAUUCGUAUUGACAGCAAGAUGUGGUACGAGAAACACACAGUGCAGGCCCAGCUUAGACACUGCUUUCCCCACCUAGCAGACCCCAGCACCUACUAUGGAUUCAGGUUCUGUCAUCAGUUGGAUUUCUCAACCAGUGGGGCUCUUUGUGUUGCCCUCAAUAAGGCUGCUGCAGGCCGGGCGUACCAUUGCUUCAAGGAGCGCACCGUCACCAAAGCCUACCUUGCCCUGAUUCGUGGCUGGGUGGAAGAAGAGACCAAACUUCUGGAUUUCUCCAUUGGCAAGAACUCCACCGAGGGGAAAACACACAUGAUGUGUACCGAGGGAUCACAAGGUUGUGAGAACCCAAAACCUUGUCAAACCAAUCUAACAGUGUUGGAGUAUGGUUUGUAUGAUGGAGAUCCUGUCACCAAGGUGCUCCUGCAGCCACUCACUGGACGAACCCAUCAGUUAAGGGUUCACUGCAGCGCGAUAGGCCACCCCAUCGUGGGGGACUUCACCUACAGUUUGGGAGUGGACGAUGCCCCUUAUCGUAUGAUGCUGCAUGCCUACCUCCUCCACAUCCCCCUUGACCCUGAGCCCCUCCUCGUCUAUGCCGGUGACCCGUUUCUCACCACAGUGGAUGCCAAGUGGCUCCCGCAACGCUCAUUACGGCCCCUGGUGGCCACUGUGGAGGCCCUGCUGGAGCAAAGACUGGAGCAGAGCAGAAGGAUCAAAAAGGAAGAGAGUGAGAGAAUGAGAAGAGAAGAGGAGAGAAGGAAACGCAAAAAAGAACAGAAGAUUGAAGAGAGUGAGGAGCAGAGGAGACACUGUCAAGAGUGGCUGAGUGAAUGGGCCGGAGAUUAAACAAGUUCUUAGUUCAUUAUGUAUUUUAAUUUAUUUUACCCGUUUACAAAUGAAAGCUAUGUAGAGAAAGCCCGAUCACCAAUGAGUUACUAGCAUUGUGUUGGUAACUGCUCCCUGUCCAUACUGUCACUGUCACUGCUUCAUUCAGCUAGCUGACAAACAAGUGCCUGGCUCAAACUUAGGUUAACAAACCUUUACACAUUCCUACUGACCUGUUCAGCCGUGCAGAUCCAGGGCCAUCGCCAAAAUCAACAUGCUGGAAAGCAGCAUUUCGCCUUUCACAUGCUGGUCGCCCACAUGU